AUGCCCGUACGCUUCAGGGGGCUGAGUGAAUAUAACAGAAACUUCAGAUGGAAAACCCCAGAGUUUUGUAGUCCGUUCGAGCAGCAGAAAUCCUUGUGGGCAGGACUUCGGUCAGAUCAGUUUGGAAUCACAAGAGAACCAAACUUCAUUUCCAAGAGAAGGGUGCCUUACCAUAAUCCACAGAUUUCAAAGUACUUUGAAUGGACAGCAGAUUGUGACUUGAAUGACCCACUCAGAACUGAAGCUCUUAGGACUACAGAGUUGUAUGCAGGCCCCAGCAGCAAUGUGAAUGAUGUGAAUGGGGAAAAUACUGAAACGCCAAAAGGACCCGGAAUCCCCUCAGAAGUUCGGUCACAUUCAGUAGAUUUGAGAGGUGAAACAGCUCUUGCCCUUGCAGAAAACAACAUGAAAAAAUCACCAUCUGCAGCUCCACCAAAUCAAAAUGAAGCAUUUUCAUCUCCAAAAAAAGAAUUAGAAAAAAUGGGUAAUGGGCUUCACAGAGUCCUUCAGAGGAAGGCAGGCAUGAAUAUUCCACGUUUAUAUACUUUCCCCAGAAAUUCUGAAUAUCAAAGCCAGUUUGUUUGGAAGAGUCCUCAUGAAAAGUCACCGAUACUUGCAGCUGAACAGGUUAUUUGCAACACAGGUAAAACUCCUGCAAUUACUUCUGAAACUGCAUGUGAGAGAAAUUUCAAAAGCUCUCCUUCUGUUAAUGGUCCACAAGAGAGAGGUGGUUCAGAAGAGAAAGGAUUUCCGAGUAAGAGGGAAGAACCGUUUCAAAAGCCAGCAGAAGAUGCAGCAAAACAAGGGAAAUCAGAACAGAAACAUCCUAAACAAAAAAAUAAGCAGCAUAUCAAUCCAAAGCCCCUCUCUUUACAUUCAAGUCGUGGGAAGAUGAACACUGAAUAUAGGGCAAAAUUUCUGUCUCCAGCCCAGUAUUUCUACAAAGAUGGAGCUUGGUCUCGUAUUAGGAGUAAAUUUCCCAACCAGGCUUCUCAAAACACCCUAAAUUCCAUGUGGUAUAUGGAGGUGAAAGAACUUCGAGAAAGAGCAAAGGCAUACAGGCAACGAGUGGAGGGAACUCACUUCUCCCGAGACCAUCUCAAUCAGAUCCUGUCUGAUAAUAACAGUCUUUGGGAUGUGUCCUCAAAUUCCAGUUCAGAAGAAGGCAUCAGCAACAACAUCAGAGCACUAGAUCUUGCUGGAGUUUCUGAAAAGGAGACUUCACCAAGCCCACAAAUGCAGCAGCAGCCUGACUCAAGGAAACAGCCACACCAGGACAGCGCUGAGACAAAAGAUAUGUCAGAUGCUGUAACUGUUCCGGUCCAAAGGCGUUUAGUUUGGGGUGAGCAAGAAGAAACUGAAGAAAGGGAGAAUCGGCAAUCAACAGAAGAGGGAGAAAAAGAAGAUGAACAAGCAGCAGUUUUGGCUCAGCAGUUAGAAGAAAACAAUAAAAAUGCCAAUGAAGACAAGAAAAUAGAAGGUGAGAAUGCCUUAGUAUUGAAUUCUUCUGCAGCUGUGUCAGAUUCUUCUUCUGUAUCCUCAAGGACAGGAGGCAGGCUUCCAACCCCGAAGCUGAGAGCGCUUGGUGGAGCUCAGAGGACUCAUCAUGAUCUCACUACCCCAGUUGUUGGAGGUGCGGUUCUAGUGUCUCCUCCUAAAUUCAAGUCUUCAUCUUCACAGCAGAGAACACGAGGUUUAGGAGCAGACCCUUCUUCAGCUAAGCAAGGUGCAAGAGAAGCUUCAAAAAGAAGGUCCUUCCGGCCUGAUGCGGAAGUGGAAGCUGUGCCACUCCUUACCUCUCCACCUGCUGGGCUGGGAACUUUGGAUCCUCUGCCACUUAGACAGGAUCAGUGGCCUCCUAACAGGGUUUCUGAUCAGCAAGCUCCUUUUGCUUCAGCCCAUCAAGGGUGUUCCUCUACACCUCGUGUGCAGAAGUCAGCCAAAAGCUGUUCUAUGCCUUGCUGGAGUCCUUCUUGUCGUAUUCAAGGGACUCUCAAAGAUCCAGAAUUCCAGCAUAAUGGGAAUGUUGGCAAUCCAAAAAUGAGAUCAUUCCAGUUACCCCUUCAGGAAAGAAACUAUAAGGAUGAAGAUGACAGAUUGUCUCAGAUCUCUGCUCGCUCGGCAGCAUCUAGCUCACUUGCAUCUCAGAUACUGGAACGAGCUCAGAAGAGGAAAGAUUUCUGGGGCAAGACAUAAUCUCUCCCACCUGUUGUAUAGAAACUGUUCUGUAAAAUGAUUUAUUUUUUUAUAGUUUGUAGUGUACAUUUUUAAAAAAUUGUGAUUGUAGAUACCAUGCAGCGUCCUUUCACUUAGCACUAAUGUGGCCCAAGUUUUAGGACUUGCCAUCCCUAUUUAAACCAGUGUUGAAAAUGUAGGUCCUUUAUAUCUGAGAGUUACAUUUUCACUAUGACACAACAGCCAUGUGGUUUGGGUUUUGUUUUUUUUUGUUUGUUUGUUUGUUUUUUUUUACGGUGGCACCUCUUGAAACCAAGAUAAUUAUUUUUUUUUAAUGCAACCCGUGUGUAGCUUGCCAAGUUCUUCUGCUGCAGUCAUGCAGUAUGACCUGAGGGCAGUAUUUAGGGGCAACACCAUCAUUCGACGCCUCAAUUACUUGAUAUUAAUCAGCUGUCUUAAAGGCAAUUGUGGUAUAUUUAUUUAUGUUACUAUAUGAAUUGUCAGUACAAGACAGUGCUGUAACAAAAAGUUGCUUUUGCUGCUUACAGCUUUUAACCUGUUACCAAAAAAAUCCUUUUUUCUUAAUGAAGCUAAUAUGGAACAUACAAGAGUUUGUGAAAAGGACACAAAGUGUUAGGGUUUGUUUGCUGUCCAGUUUUUUCUGCCAGGAUGACUAUUAGAGUUGAGUUUGUCAGAGUACUUACGUGAACAUUUGUCUUUUUUGUGGAAAAGAUCCUUGUUUAGUGCUGAUUUAAACUUCUCUAGAAAAAGCAACCUUAUGCAGUGGCCUUCCCCAGCCCCACUUCAAACUCAGGUAUUUAAGAGUAGUUGAUCUCUUAAAGUAAAUUCAAAGGAAUGCUUUUGUUUUUCCUGACUUUGAUGUUUUAAUUACCUCUUCUAGUUGCCUGUUUCUGGGAGACUGACAUACUGUUGUGACUGUCACAGUUAAAAGUAUGAUUUAUGCUGACAGCUUGUUUUAUCUUUCUAAGAGAUGAAGCAAGUUAACUUGAAGUAGAGGAAAUAGGUGGCUAGCAGCUAGUUUAGUUCUUCUUGUGUAGCUUCAAGUGUUAAUAUUACUUCAUUUGGAAAUUUUAUACAAGAACAACUUGAAUUUUGUACACAUUUACUUACAUUUUGAUUUUGUAUACAAUUAUGUAUGCAUAUUACUGAAAAUAAAAAUGGUUGAUUUGUUUCUAGUCAA